UGCCCCAACCAUGCCAAUCAACUCAUUGUCAUGCCAUGGAUAAGACUUACUCUUUGAUACGUUCUAGAAUGGAUCAACUGGGUAUAUAAAGGGUGUGAGUGAUGCGCCACAGCUGAACAAAGUCUGAUUGUCCAGGGCAGUCCUUCCCACUAUGAGCCAGCCUUCCUGAACUGUUUGGGGGAAAAUAUUGCUGCCCUUUUGUGUGUUGAGUAAGUCAUUAAACCUAACUUAGUCAUUGCAAUUAGUCAAAGAUUAAAUUACAUUAGCUAGCCAGGGGAAAACCAAGAGAGGAAACAGUUUGUUCCUCCUAGUACCACUCUCAGGCCAUUCCGAAGUCAUGGCUGACCACAACAAGGUAUUACCGCGUCCUCUUUUCCGCCGAGAUGUAAACUGGGAUCCUUUCCGUGAGUGGACACAGCCUAGCCGCAUGAUCAUGGAGCAGGACUUUGGCCUCCCUCCUUUCCUGGAUCCAGGCGAUGUGAGCUGGAUAGACUGGGCUAGGAGGAGACUGGCAUCAUCCUCCUGGCCAGGGUACACACGCCAUCCCCUCUUCACCCCCAGCACUGCUCCCCCUGCUGCAGUGGCACCCCAGACCGCAGCCAGACUUCAGAGACAACUGUCUGGAGGAGUGUCAGAGAUCAGAACAGGACAGGACAGCUGGAGGAUCACACUGGAUGUCAAUCACUUUUCACCAGAGGAGAUAUCAAUCAAAACCAAGGGGGGCUUCCUGGAGAUUACAGGUCAACACGAAGAAAGGGAGGACGAGCAUGGAUCAGUCUCAAGGUGCUUUACAAGAAAAUACAAGCUGCCCCCUGGUGUGGACUUGCAGCACGUCAGCUCAUCUCUGUCUGGUGAAGGGAUUCUCUUGGUAGAAGCACCCCUCCCAGGCUUAACCACCACCAUCCUCCCCAGUGACAUGGUCAUCCCCAUUCAGAUCAAGCACGAGUGUGAGGGGAAAGAGUGAAUCCAGUGAUCCAUUACAACUAGAUGUAAAGCUUGGGGUAGAGCUUUAAAGCUGAUGUCGGCGUUGACAACUUUUGACAACAUUCUUUUGAAUUAAGCCUUGGUCAUUUAUGAUGACAAAACAUAGUGGCUUCUAUUGCUAUUGAAAUACCAUCACUUUAUUUACUCUCACUCGAACUACACGUGUGGUAUGUUUCUCUAUGUAUUAUGUUAAAUCAUUUCCCGCAAAGACUAGCAAAACCAAGAUAAAGUGAAAAAUCAAGACUGUUGAAAUGUACUUUCUCAUUUGUCAAAUGAUAGAUCAUCUGGGAGUCAACAUGACCAUGCUUAAUAAAGCUGUUCUUAAUAAAGAUGUUCAUAACUGUUAAUAAAACUGUUUUGCAAGGCAUACAUUUCAA